AUGAAGGCAGGACAAUUGGUUCAUACAAUGUCCAGGAAGGAGAUAACAGGAGGCAUAAGAAUACAGGAUACAGGAUCGAAGAUUAUUAUUAUAAAACAGCCACCAGAAGGUGAUCUAGAGAAUGAGACGUAUCAUCCUGCAAACGAAGGAAAUGAAACUGGACCUGAUGUGGUACAAAUACCCCGGUUGUGUUUGACCGUGGGUUUAUCUCCGAUCCAUGGAGGAACCAUCUUCAUUGGAGGGCUUGGUACCUGGCGAGAAGACUCAAGGUUAGUAGCUGAAAAAGAUAUGCUGUGCCUGUCUACUGCGUACUACCUCCCAUAA